ACAGCAAAAUUGGGUGUUAUUAACGAAAGAACGCGUGUGGGAGGAGCGUGGGGAAAGCAGGUUAACCUUUUUGGUGUUUGGUAAUGGGAAUUUGUUGGGUUCUUUCCCCUUCCCACCAUUUCAUCCUUCAAAACCUUCGUCUCUUUCCUCUUUACGCUUCACACUUUAACAAACCCUAACCAUCCAUUCACGCGCCUCUCUCCUCGGAUUCCACCAACUGGACCAGACAACUCACUCAAAUUACCAUUUCACAUGUUCUUCCCUUCUCUUGUCGGUGGCCCUGUAAUCUUAGUGAACCCAUCAUCAAUUCCAAGGUUUUUCCAAGCUAUAUCAAACAACUUUCUUUCUGUUCAGUAGCAUAAGUGUUGCGGUGAGAUAAUUUGGAUCUCAAACUCUGCACUGUGAAAUAAGUGAUGAGGACAUGGCUGCUUAUAACAACAACAACAACCUCGAGGGAAGUGAAGAACCAGAAAUAGGUGGUUUUCUUGCUCCGCGGGCUUUGUUCGGGCCAGCCCUACACCUCCAGGCCCAGAACCCGUCCCAACACACGGAGAACAACGAUGGAGAUGGGCCUCCCAACGCCGCCCGGCGCCCACGUGGACGGCCUCCGGGGUCCAAGAACAAGCCCAAGCCGCCCGUCAUAGUCACGCGCGACAGCGCGAAUGCCCUACACUCGCACGUGCUGGAGGUCUCCCUCGGCGCCGAGUUGAUGGAGAGUCUCUCCACAUACGCGUGCCGGCGAGGGAGAGGAGUUUGUGUGCUCAGUGGCACCGGCACGGUGGCCAACGUUGCACUCCGUCAACCGGCGGGAAGCGUGCUCACGUUCCCCGGACGGUUCGAGAUAGUUUCCAUAACGGGGACGGUUCUUCCUCCGCCGGCGCCGCCUGGUUCCGCCGGGUUGUCGGUUUAUUUGUCUGGGGCGCAGGGUCAGGUUGUUGGGGGCAUCGUGGUGGCCCCUCUGGUGGCUUCGAGCGACGUGGUGUUGGUGGCUGCUUCCUUCGCUAACGCCAUGUUGGAAAGGUUACCCUUGUUGCCCUUGAAUCACCACCAUGAUGAUGACGAUGAAGAUCCACCUGCCGUCACCGGAAGCGGACACGUCGGAGAUGGAAGGAACAACCCCUUCUCGUGGUGGUUGCAGAGUGAGCUAUUUGAAUUGGGUGGAAGUGGAAGUGCAUCGUCUCAUGCACCACCCAAACCUUCUCCUUUCUAGUAUUCAUAAUUUCUAUAUUCAUGCAUCAAUAUUUUAUGUGCUGCAACUAUCAACACUCAUCAUUUCAAAUAAAACAUGUCAAGAAUGUUAUUUCCUCUUUCCAAUGUUAAUUAAUAUGUCU